AUGAAAAUAUAUCCUCUUCAUCUUCAUCAUAAAUCAACCGGCUUCCUCCCUCGCCCACCAAUCCGGCGCCGAACACGCCUCCCGAAGCCUCGGCCACCACCACCACGACAGAAUCCUUCCACGGCGGCGGCGAGAAGCUCGAACUGCCCCAAAGUUGGCGGCGGAGCAUUAGAGGCCAAACCGGCCUCGGCUUCGCCGGCAACGGAGAGGAAGGUCUAUGAGGAUAACUGGUUCGAUGGCCUUGCCAUCAACUACAUGUCAAGUUGCAUACAAGCCACUUUAGGGGUGAAGAUAAGGAAUGGGGAGAAUAGGGAAGGGUAUGAGGGGUUGGUGGAGGCAGCGACCAUGAUUUCGAGAAGGCAUGGAGCCAUGGAGCAGCAGGAGAAAGUUUUGGAAGCACUGAACAGGGCUUUACCAGAGUUUAUCUUCUCCAUGGCAAGCGGCGUUCUUUUUAAAAUCUUGCAAACUUCCUCCAUUCUGGCAACACCAUCAAAAUUUUCAAGAGAACUUUUUGCAAGAAUUACAACAAUCUUUUUCUCCUGGCUUGUCGGCACCUGCGAGGUGAGGGAGUCAGAAAUCCACCGAAAAAGGGAGAAAAACGUGGUCUACAUUCGUCACUGCAGGUUUUUGGAGGCAACAAAUUGUGUGGGGAUGUGCACUAAUCUGUGCAAGUUGCCUUCUCAGAAAUUCAUUUACAAGUCUCUUGGGAUGCCCACCACCAUGGUUCCCAACUUUGAAGACCAGAGCUGUGAAAUUGUCUUCGGGCAAACUCCACCUGCAGACGACCCAGCACUGAAGCAGCCCUGCUACCAAAAAUCAUGCAUAGCGAAGCAGACAUAUGGAGUGGAUUGUUCCAGCUGAUGAUAUCCAUCAUAAUUUAGAGUUAUCCGAACUAUACAAAAGCAUAGAGAAUAUGUCAUCCUCAGUUGGCCUAGCUCUCUGAAACUAUAUAUAGUAAACCGAAUUACAAGAACUAGUUAUAGUUUUAUAUUAA